AUUGCAAGAAAUAGAUGAACAUCAGCAAAAACCUGAAACGACUUCAACAAAAUGGCUGAAGUGAUAUUCAAUAAAAACAUCUAAAACGACAUGCAGUAUGCAUUUGCACAGAAAAAGGCCGAAGUCAGAUGCAGUAGUUCUAGUGUUUGGCCUUCUUAUGUCACGCCGUGAAGAGAAACGUCGCCGCUUCCACGACGCCCUGCUUAACACUCUAUAUCCACCGGCGUCGCCGCCGUCAGCAACACCGCAAUCCACCCAUGUCAUCACUUCAAGCCAAGAGUUGGAUGUGAAUCUCAUAGCAGACGAUUAUGGGGUGGAGGAAACAAGCGACGACAAUGGUGCAGGUGGUAGCGAGUUGGGUAAAAGGAAGCGACUUCGUAAGAAGAAACUUAAAGAAGACAUUUCUCGCCGUAGAGGCAUUAUUGGGCCGUUGCUACCUUCAUCAAAGAAGGGUGAUUUUGAUGGUAAUAGUGGAGCAGUUAAAGAAGACAGUCCAAGUGUUCGACGAAAUGGCGAUGAGAAUAGGCAGUGCAAAAAAGUAAAGCAGAGGAGGAUGGCUAAGAGAUUGGGUAGAGAAAAGGUGAUGGAUGCGGAGAAAUGUGUUCAACAUCAAAGCUUAGAAUCUGCUGAUGUGGAGAAUUGUGAUCAAGAAGAUAAAAAGAUUCCUCCUGGUUAAUGAGUAAUGGUUGCAACUUGCAAGCAAAACAUGAAGUAAAAAAUAUGAGUUCAUGAAUUUUAAGAACUUUUUUGGAUUGUUGAUCUUCUGUUAAUCUAGUUUCACAUUUUUGGAUUGUUCA